AUGAAAAAUGGCAUAAUUUUAGAAUAAUAUGAGGAUGAAGAUGAAUAUGAAGUAAAUAGUUUGGUUUGAUUCAGAUUCAAGAGGAGAAGUAAAGAUAGGAGAGGAAGGAAUAUUUGAGAAGAAUACAGAUGAUAUUUGAUGAAACUAAUUACGACAUAGCCUUAUAAUAAAAUACAGAAUCUCAGAUAAUUCAAGAAUAUUUGAUUGAUUUGGAUAAUGAAUUUUAUAUAGAUUAUACUCAUCAAUUGCCUGCACCGAGUAGUUAGAUAAAACUGAGACCAAUGAAUGAAUUACAGUUAGCAUAUAUUUAUGUUGAUGAGUAAUUAGAAAGUUAAUUUAAAUUAGUUACCCUUUUUUAAAGUUGAGGAGAUUGUUGAUGAUUUUAUUUUAGGCGAUAAGAUAUCUAAUGAAAUAUUUAAUAAAUCUCAAAAUAUUUCAAUUGAUACUGAUGAUAACAAUAAUUUUGAAUUCUCUAUGCUUAGCAUUAGAAGAAGAUUAAUAUGAGAUAAUCUUUAUAAUUUGUUAUUCAGUGGAAGCCAUUUUCAAGAUGUUGGCAUUGGUUAACAUAUAUAAUUAUCAUAGGGUUUGUAUUCUAAGAGAGAUUCGUAUUUUCGAGACUUUUGGAAUGUAAUCGAUUUUAUAAUUUUGGUAUUUUAAUAUUUGCCUUACUUUGUGAAUAUAUAAUUCAAUUUUAAUGCAUUAAGGACAAUAAGAAUAUUAAGAUCUUUGGAUGCAGGUUAAAGUAUUCCAGCUUUGAAAGUAAUAUUGACUUCGUUAUUUUAAUCAGUUUACUAAUUGAAGGAUGCUUUGAUAGUAUUGGUGUUUUCAUAUUCAAUAUUUGCAAUAGUAGCUCUCCUCCUCUUCAGUGGAGGAUUGAAGAGAAGAUGUGUAAAUUUGGAAACAGGAAUCCCUAGAAAUGAUGAAGUGUGUUAAGUAUGUUAUGGAGAAUUCGAUUGUGUUAAAUAGAUAGCUAAUCCAUUUAAUGGUUUAAUUAACUUUGAUACUUUCGGGUGGUCCUUAAUAUAAGUGUUUAUAUGCACUUUACUUGAGAGUUGGUCUCAGAUUUUAGAUUACACAGUAGCAGCAUAUAAUGAAGCAGUUUAUAUCUAUUUCUUUAUGGUAGUAAUGGUAGGAGGGUUCUUUUUGGUUAAUUUGACUCUGGCCAUUAUUAAGCUUAAUUUUUCAAAUAAUCAGAAAUUGGUAAUAACACCAGUGUUUGAGGAGAGUUAUGAUUAUUGGGAAUUGAGAUUAAUGGGUAUAUAUGAGCCAGCUAAAUUACAGAUACAAGCAGCUUUGAGAAGGAAAAGUGAUGCUCAAUUUACAUUCAGAGAAAGAUCAUAAAGAACAUAAACAAGAGGAAAAAUCAGAAUUACAAAAUAUCCUAGUUAAAUUUAGAAUCUUAGUUUAAAAAUACACCCAAUUAAAUUUGCUAACAAUUUCAGCACUCCUUUCACGAAAUAAGAUAAGAAAUUUAUGGGAAUUUAUGGGAUGGGUAAGAAAUUGUAACCAAUCAUUGGAGGUGUUACUCCUUCCAAGUAGACAAGAAAUAAAUUCAAUUUCAAUUAAGAAUAACCAGGAUAGUCCAUUCUUCAAAGUCCCAUAGAUCAAAAUAUUAGUUUCUCUUAUAAUAUAUCACCUACUAAUAAAUUAGGUAAUAUGCUUUUUAGUCAAUCGAAUAGAUCUCUAUUGAAUAAUUAAACCAAAUAAUUGUCAAGCAAAUCUAUUUUAAAUAAUAAUAAUAAAUCUCCAAAUAAUCAUUCUCGAAAUAUUUCUCCUUAAAAUUAGAGAAAUUACAAUGAAUUAAAUAAUGGAUCUCCAAAAUCUCAAUUCAGUAAGCAAAUAGUUAAAAGAGCAGUAAGACCUUCAAUAUCUGAAUCUGAUUAAAUUUUAGUAAAUGAUUUAAGAAUGAUUGGAUAACCCCAAUCUAAAAAGACAAUUGCAACACCUAAAAACACUGAUGAGUAACUCCUAGAUUUCUUAUCUUAAGCUCAGAAUAAUAAUAAUAUCCUUACUAAUGAAAAUUAAAGUAAUGGACUAUUAACUCCAAACAAUUAAUUGAGUCUAUAGAAUCCAACAUUCAAUAGAGCUAAUCUUCAACAUGGUACAUACGCUCCAAAGACUUCUCAUUAAAUUUAAAUGUUGCAAGAUGUUAAACAGCGAUCUUUCAAUGUUAGGAAUAAAUAGAUGGAUUAGGUCAAAAAUGAUGUAUCCAUUUUGGAUAAGAGUGAAAAUUCCAUCAUUAAUUCUAUUCCUAGUGAAUAGGUUGAUCAAGAACUAAUGGAUUUAGGCAUCUUGGAAAUAAAUAAUACCAAAAAACCAAAACUUGAAGUGUAGCAGAAUUCAUCAUCCAAAAUGAACUUCAUUCGUAGGAAGAAACCUCGGUUUACAAGGAAAACCCUGAAGAAAUCCACUUAUUUAAGUAAGACUUUUAAUUCAGCAAAUGAUGAUAGAUUUCAACAAUUAAAAAUCAAAUUAUUUAAAACUAAAUUUUAUAAGGAAGUUCCCUAUUUAUCUUAUACUUCAAACUCAGAAUUAGAUGUAUUAGAAGUUCAACAAAUGAAAAAGGUACAGUAGAAUCUUAAGAACAACGAAGAAAUUAAUAGAAAACUCAAGAAAUAAGUUAAAUAUGUAUUUUCUAAUUAACAAACCCAGCUGAUUAACUUAAAAUCUACCACCAAACUUCAACCGUCCUCAACUCAAAUUAAAAGUGCAAGUGCCAAACGAUCCUAAAAAUAAGUUAAAUUCCAAGAUUAGGAAGAGUAACAAUAAUAUAAAAAAUUGAUUUUACAUGAUGUAUAAUUAACUUUCUAGGAGGCUUAAUUUUUGAUGAGGAAAGAAGUUUAAGCUGUUGACCUAGAGUAAUAUGGCUAAGUAGAAAUAUAAUAUGAUCUUAAAGAACAAUUGCGAUAUCUGAAUUACGAUCAAAUUACUAUUACUACAAGUACUAAUUAUUCAGAAUAUGUAAAAUUGAUGGUAUAUCUAUUAUAUUCAUUAUUUAUUAGUCUGAAGCAAGUUCACAAUAAGAAAUAGUUCAAUAAUCUUCAAUUGAAGAUGUGCUUCCUAUGAGUGAUUAUAUAGAUGAUUAGACAAUAUCAUUAAUGAAUCAAAUCAUGCUUGCAUUAAAUUAUACUAUCAAUAUUUAUGAAAUUUGGUUACCAGGAAUAUCAGGUAUAUUUAAAGUAUUUAGAGUUAAAUUACUAAAUCUAAUUUAGAGCGAAUAUUUUAAUCGAUUAAUUAACUUGUGUGUUGCUUGCAAUACAAUUGUAUUAGCCUUAGAUGGUCUAGUUACUAAUGAUAAAUUGCUAUCUGAUUUUAAUUUGGCAUUUACAAUCAUUUUUAUUAUUGAACUUGGAUUCAAAUUAAUAGGAUUAGGAGUUAAAAGAUACGUUUAAGAUAAAUUUAAUCUUUUUGAUGCUUUAAUUGUGGGUAUUAGUUUAUAUGAGGUAAUAAUAAAUCAAGAGAAUGGAGGGAAGUCUGGAUUUAGUGCUUUGAGAUCUUUACGUAUCUUUAGAGCCUUAAGAGUAUUAAGAAUUUCUAAGUUAAUAAGAUCUCUUAAAUUCAUGGGAUUUUUAUUGAAAGUCUUGGGUAAUGCAUUUGAGUAAAUUCUCUGGAUGUUUAUCUUAAUGCUUUUCUUCUUAUAUACAUUUACUAUCCUAGGAUUUUCAUUAUUUUAAGGUGAAAUUUCAGAUGAAAACUAUAGAUAUACCUUUAAUUCAUUUAUUAUUUCAUUUGAAACAGUGUUUUAAUUAUUCACCAUUUCAAACUGGAGUGAUGUUUUGUAUUCAUUAUUCUUGUCAAAUGCUAACAACAUUGUUGUAUUUUUAUACUUAGUUCUAUGGAUUGCAAUUGGUAACUAUAUUUUUUUGAACUUAUUCCUGGCAGUAUUAUUAGAUAAUUUUGAGGCAGAGUAUAGAAGAGACAAGAACUAAAUAGAUAAUAAUAUUAUCAUAGGCAGGGAUCAGAUCUUUGAAUCUGCAAUAUCUUCUAAACCUUAAGGAAGUAGAAAGUCAAGUAAAUCUUCAUUAUAAGAUGAUGUGGAAGAAUAUUAGAAAUUGUAAACUUAACGAUUUAUUUACUUUUCAGAGAGAGGAAUUGCAGAAUAUGCCUUGAUGGUAUUAUCUCAGGAAAGUGCAUUUCGAAAAAUGUGUUAUAGAGCAGUAAAGGAUAAAAUAUUUGAUAUUUUUAUUCUGAUUUUAAUUCUUAUAUCAAGUGCUAAACUUAUACUGGAUACUUACACUUUAGGCAAUUCUUAUGAUGUUGUAUCAUAUUGGUUAGAUUUUUCUAUGGUUAUUUUGUUUGGCUGUGAGGCAUUGUUAAAGAUUAUAGCAUUUGGAUUUAUAGGAGAUGAUCUCAGUUAUUUACGUAAUUCUUGGAAUGCUCUUGAUUUUCUUAUAUUAAUAGGAUCAAUAGUGGAUAUCAGUGUUGCAGCUAUAGAUUUGAGUUACUUAAAGAUAUUGAGAUUAUUUAGAACAUUGAGACCAUUGAGGUUUGUUUCUCAUAACAGAUCGAUGAAAAUAAUUGUGUCAGCCUUAUUGCAAUCAGCUGAUGGCAUUUUGAAUGUCGCAAUAGUCAUAAUAUUGGUUUGGAUGAUGUUUGCGAUUAUUGGAAUCAACUUUGCAAAAGGGAAGCUUUAUUAUUGUGAUAUGGGUGAUAGUGCAAUGCAUUAUGUAACUAAAGCAGAAGUAAGAUAUCAAUUAUUAAUGUUAGUGUGAAGGAGUGUGGAGAAUAUACGAUAGUAAUUUUGAGAACAUUUUUUCAGGAAUGUUAACAUUAUUUUGUUUAAGUACAUUGUUGGAUUGGCCAGAUCAAUUGUUAUAUUUUAAGGAUGGAACUGAAGAUGGUUUAGUAAAGGAUAACUCACCUGAGUUCUUUCUAUUUUUUUUGGCUUUUAUUUUGAUAGGAUCUAUCCUUCUUAACAAUUUAUUUAUCGGAGUUAUUUUGGUUAAUUUUCAUAUUGCAGAAGAAAAGGCCAGAGAUUCUUCACUUACUUAGGAUCAAAUACAAUGGAUUGAUACUCAAAAGUUGAUCAUUGAGGCUAAACCUGAUUUGAGUUUGUAUUAUAUGCCAAAGAAUAGGAUUUAGGCUUUUUUAUUCAGAAUUGUCAAAGCUAAGAAAUUUGACUUGAUCAUCUCCCUAUUCAUUAUAAUAAAUGUUGUUGUAACUGGUAUGUACAUGGAUGGUAAUAUUUAUUAUAAUUAUUAGAUGGUGAUCUUGAGUAUCUUUACGCAAUUGAUUAAAUCAACUUUGCCAUAUCAAUUAUCUUUUGUUUUGAAGCAAUCAUCAAGAUUCUUACUUUUGGUCCUCUGGCGUAUUUUAAAGUCAAUUGGAAUCAAUUUGAUUUUGUUAUUGUAGUUAUUUCCAUUAUAGAUUUUGCCACAAAUGAGAGUGGAUUAUCAAUAGGAAAAGGAUUUAGAAUCUUAAGAGCUGUAAGAUUAUUAAGAUUGGUCAAAUAAUUUAAGGGUCUUAAGAAGCUAAUAGAUACAGCUGUAUUUUCGAUUCCUGCAAUCAUUAAUGCAGCUGCUUUAUAUUUUUUGAUCCACUCCAUCUUCUCUGUCUUGGGAGUGUUUUUGUUUUCAGAUAUCAAAUAGGGAAAGAUCAUUUCUGAUACCAACAAUUUUUAAGAUUUUCAUCAUUCAUUUAUUUUACUGUUCCUGUCUUAAACUGGAUUAGAUUGGAAUAGAAUCAUGUAUGAUACAAUGAAUAAUGGAUCAUAAUACAAUGCUUUAUUUUGGGUUGUGUUCAUUUUGAUUUAGAAUUUUGUGAUGCUUAAUCUAUUUAUACUCAUUGUGUUAGAUUAAUAUGAUGUAAAUUACUUUCAUGAAGAUAAUCCACUUAAUAGAUUUGAUGAAUAUUAGAAUAAAACACUUGAUGUUUGGACUCGUUUCAGUUAAGAUGGAACAAUAAUAAGCCAGAAUAAAUUGACAGAUUUAAUACUUGCAUUGCCUUAACCGUUGGGUUUAGACAUAGUCAAAUCCAUGCAGAAAGGUGUUGAAGAUUGGAAGCAUAUCAAUCCUUAACAUACUUAAGAUGAAGUUAGCUAACUUAAAUUUACUAUCCAAGCAGAUUUGAUUAGAAAUGCCUUAUUUAAAAUUAUGGAUAUGCAACUCAAAUGCGAUUCAUAAGGCAAUAUACCUUACAAUCUAGUUUUAUUUGCUGUUAUGAAAGAGGCAUAUUUAGAGAAACUUGAAAUCAAUCUAACAGAGGAAGGUGGAAGAAAAUUGGCAAUGAAAGAAAUGGAAACUAGAUCGGAAAUUGAAGAGGAAUAUGGAAUUAGUUUAGAUUAAGAUGUUAAUCCUUUGGUUUCUUAUUUGUAUGCUUAAACAUGUUUUAGAGCAAUGUAAAGAUUCGUUGAGAUUUCUAAAAACAAAAUAUUGGAUGAUGGUGUUUCAUUCUUAGCUAAGACUGACUCGUCCAUUGAUUUUGAAGAAUAUUUAGACAAUGAUUUAUCAAGAGAUGAUUAUGAAAAACCAGACUAUGAAGAAGUGUAUUUUGUUGAAAUUCCUAUGAAUAAUAAGAUAUAUAAUGGGGAACAAUACAAGGUGUAAAUUGCACAAGAAUAAUCCAGUUAGGACCAAGAGUCUAAUGAGUAACCAAUAGAUGAUGAGAAUAAUGUGGAAGAAUUGGAAGAGUAUAAAUUAUAAAUUGUUGAUUUUAAUAAAUAUUUAGGAGAUUAAGAUUGA